UAUAAACAUGAAAAUCUUCAUUUGAGUUUUUCUUAUUACAAGUUUUAAUAACUUCAUUUGCAUACAUAAAUUAUAAAAUCUCUAGGUUGAGAUAUCAAAUUAAUUGAUUAUGGUUUCAAUAGAGGUAUUAGGUGACAAAGAGAAACCCAUGUCGCUGAAUAAGUAUGCGGCUGCCUGUGCCUUGAUAGCCUCUACGAUCUCCAUCAUCUUUGGUUAUGAUACCGGCGUGAUGAGUGGUGCUCUGCCACUAAUCCAAGAGGAGCUCAAGAUCAACGAUACCCAACAAGAAAUUGUCGCCGGAAUUCUCAACCUCUGCGCACUCGUCGGUUCUCUCCUCGCCGGCCGGACAUCAGACUAUAUCGGCCGCCGAUAUACAAUCGUCCUUGCGUCCUCCCUGUUCUUCAUCGGUUCAAUCGUCAUGGGUUUUAGUCCAUCUUAUGCUGUCCUCAUGAUAGGACGCUGCAUCGCCGGUGUUGGAGUAGGAUUCGCCCUCAUGAUCGCGCCGGUUUACACGGCAGAGAUCUCCGCCGCCAACACACGCGGUCUCCUGUCAUCCCUCCCCGAAGUCGGGAUCGCUAUCGGCAUUCUUUUCGGUUACCUCUCUAAUUACUCUCUAGCCAAAUUACCCCUUAACCUAAGCUGGCGCGUUAUGCUCGGUAUUGCAGCAAUUCCAUCCUGUGUUCUUGCGUUCGGCAUUUUGAAGAUGCCUGAAUCGCCGCGUUGGCUGAUUAUGCAGGGUAGAAUCGGCGAUGCCAAGAGGGUUUUGAUAAUGGUUUCAAAUACUAAAGAAGAAGCUGAAAUUAGACUAACGGAUAUGAAACUCGCGUCGGGUAUAGCCGAUAGCGUUGAAGAUGACGUUAUAAAGAUGGUAAAACAAACGCACGGUGAAGGUGUUUAUAAGGAAUUGAUCAUCCACCCAACACCUACCGUCCUCUGGAUGCUAAUCGCAACGAUUGGAAUUCACUUCUUUGAACACGCGACGGGAAUCGAAGCCGUCAUUCUUUACAGUCAUAAAAUAUUUAAAAAAGCAGGGAUCCAUGACAAGUCAAAGCUCCGACUUGCAACGGUUGGUGUUGGUGUGACGAAAGCAACUUUUGUGGUGAUCGCAACCUUAAUCCUCGACAAGGUCGGUCGGCGACGGCUGGUUCUAAUAAGCGUUACCGGAAUGAUCGUUGCGUUGGCAUGCCUUGGAUCGUUCUUGACGUAUAUAAGUCAUUUGGAGGAGAGUCCGUUAUGGGCCCUGGUUUGCAGCAUUGUGUCGACUUAUACUUACGUGGCAUUCUUUAACAUAGGACUUGCUCCUGUGUCGUGGGUAUACAGUUCGGAGAUAUUCCCGUCGCGGUUGAGGGCGCAGGGACAUAGUAUUGGAGUUGCGGUUAACAGGUUGAUGAACGCGGCGGUUUCGAUGAGCUUUUUGACAAUAUCGAACGCGAUUACUAUUGGGGGAACGUUUUUCAUGUUCUGUGGGAUCUCUGUUUUGGCCUUAAUCUUCUUUUACUUCUUCUUGCCGGAGACAAGAGGGAAGACUCUUGAAGAAAUGGAGGAUGUAUUUAGGAGGAAGAAGAAAUGAUAAUGUCAAUUUUAAUUAUGAUGUUAUUUAGUAAACUACUCUCUUUU